GUGUGUGAGGGAAGAGCGUUGGGGGCUUGGUCGCUGUUUCCUUCUUCGUCGCUGCAUUCUUUUUCCCGCGCGGGCGGGCGCAGUAAGAGAGGAAAUAAACCACAACGGUUUGCAGUGGGUCGGUCGGGCGCUUUUUUGGUUUCCCGGCCAGUCAGUGCUGAGUGAGGGAAAGAGGGAUGCCGAAGCGGUCCUGUCCGUUCGGGGACUCGGCCCCGCUCCAGCUGAAGACCCGCGUCAGGCUGAGGGAGCUGAGCCAAGGCGUCCUGGGGGAGCAGUACCGCCGGGAGAUCUUCGAAAAAACGAAACAGCUCCUUUUCCGAGGUGCCCAGACCUAUAUGGAGAAUUCAUGCAUCGGAAGCACAGCAGGAGAAUGUCUAAAAGCACAGUUACCAGAACCACCUGCAGACAGGCCGGAAGCUUGCUCUCAGCAUAGAUGUAAUGGACAAAUGUUAAUUGGACAGGAUGGAAAACUUCGACAGCCUAGUGCAAGAGAAGCAGAUCUGAUGAUGUUGGAGAACGAAUCCUUUGUAACGACUGUUCCAUGUUCAAGGAAUAAAAUGCUUGAAACUUUACGGACAGUGUCUUCAGGGACUGCAAAUAAUUUUUAUUCUUAAAUAUAUGGACAUACCCCCCCCUCACGUGUGAAAUACUGGAUUGUUUUUCUUUGCUAUAUUAUAUAUUUCUAUAUCUGUAGUUUAAUAAAAUAAAUUAUAUAUAUUUUUAAGACUUGCUAUUUGUGUGACGUCUCUAAAAUAAAUCUUAUAUCCCUUCUGAGGGGCAUUUUACUAGUAAAUUCUCUGGAGAGUGUAAUCUUGAUGCCAGAAUCUGAUUUAAAAGUUAGCUGCAAGCUUCUAUUUAUUGCUUGUAUUUAAAAGUGGCUAAGGCUCAUUUUUAUUUUGUAUUGUGUUUGCGGCAUCUAGUAGUUCUUACAAAAAGAUUUUUUUAAAA